AUGUUAACGAGAGCACUAAGAUUGAUAGUGCGGACUAGGAGUCUGCCCAAAAGACAGGUCCGUUGGUACAAUGACUUGCCCCCCGAGGUUGAGGAGGAAUAUGGAAAUACCAUCGAAGAAAUUGGGUAUGAUGAUGAUGGAUUCCUUCUCAAGGAUAGCUUCUACACCGAAAAAACGUUCCAGAAUUCGAAGUUCUAUCAGCAUAUGCAGAAUGUCCGCGCCGAGCAGGAACACCUGAUUGACUUAAAACUGAGAUUUCUUGCGAAACAGAACGAAGUAGACGUCGAGGAGCUGCGUAAAAAAUUAAACGAGAGAGUCCAAGCACAAGUCAGCCAGGCCCACAAAACUCAGCAGGCUAUAAAUGACAACAUUGCAUCUUUUGAAAGAGAAAUGAGCUUGCCCUUCAAAGUGGACCUUGUUGGCGAUUUGCUAAAAAUGCUGAAAUUUGAGUCCGAUGAUCUGGAGAGUUCCCCCGUGUAUCAAUUUUUGGUGAAAACAGAUGCCCGCUUGGCGCAGGAUCUCCGUUCUCUGCUGUUGCGUGGUGUUUCUGCAGAGCAGAAAACACAGCUCGAAUCCCGAUUAAGCCAUGGAACCUGGUCAGAAAACAAGAGACGACAAUUGCAAGAGCUGAUUAAAAAAAGAUACGUCGAGUUCGUGAACUACAAACAAAAGAAGGAUACCGAGCCUAUCUCGAUUAACGAAAUAUUUGACCUUAUGGAUAAGUAUUCAAGUUUUGAGCAAAGCGAUCUCUACGAAAUCCUACGUGAAAUUGAUCCUAGAUUUGGAACACUUUAUGCAGAGGUUCGGACUCUCGCGGAGGGAGAGGAGCGAAAAUUACGUCACGUGCAACUGAACAGACUACUUGCCGACGAGAGUUCCGGAAUCUGGAAAGUUUUGAAUGAUCUGGACAGCCGUGAAUUCAAGGCUGUCAAAAGUGUCCUUGAAGACGAACGUGCAAAAUUCGAGCCAUUGGGUGCAGAAAGUUUGGUCUCAUAUGCGCGUAUUGCCGAGAAAGAUGAGGAUCUGGAGAUAUUUGAUUCCAUUGACGAAUCUCUGAGUGUUUUCCUGCAAAAAGCUCGCGACAACGAGAAUGACGAAAGAGUUGUUGCUCAAGUGCACGACAUUUUGACCACCGAGGGACCACUGAAGGACUUUUUGGAAGACACCAAGAGCGAACAAUAUCAGAAGCUUCAGGCUAAAGUUAACAAAGCAAGGAUUAAAUACCACAAAGAGGUUGUGUUGAAUCCGCUAACUAAAGAGAUCAAGAGCCUUGCCAAAGAAGACCAGUCUAAAUUGAGUCCCGAGGUGGCUCAGAUAAACAAAUACUACGACCUUUUUAUCCAAACUAUGCACCAGUUGGAGCAGGAGCUGAAAAACGGGGAGUAUGAGCCAAUUUCCUCGAAAGUACACCUGGAGGCACCAAGUCUUCUUGACCGUGAACCAACUCCCCAACAGCUCGCCGAGGUCCAAAAAUUAAAUCGUUCAAAGAGAUACGACGCUGAAGAUGACACCCUCCGGUUCUGUGCUCACAUGAUUAUGCACGGAGGUAAAAGACAGCGGGCAAGAAGAUACAUCAAUCAAGCCCUAUAUCUGGUUUAUCUUGAAACCAGGGAGAACCCUGUGGACAUUUUGAAACAGGCUCUAGACACUGUGGCUCCUUUGGUGGUGACACGCGUUGUGAAAACCGGAUUUGCCAAGAACUACUCGAUUCCUGCUGCCUUGACUCCUAGACAGCGGAUGCGUACUGGGUUCAAAUGGAUUUUGGAGGCCAGUGAUAGCCGUGCUUCAAACGACUUCCCUGUGCGUCUUGCCGAAGAAAUCUUGAACGUUCACAGAGGAAACUCGAAAUUGCUUGAGAAGAAGACCUCUUUGCACAAACAGGCCGUUGCCGUCAGAUCUUACCUGAAACUAUGA